AUGAUGUCUGCAAAAGACAUGGUGAAAGUAAUGAUCGUCAUGUUUGCAAUUUGCUUUUUUGCAAAAUCAGAUGGGAACCCCAUUAAGGGGAAAACUGUGGGUGACGCACAGCUUUUGAGUAACGUGCGUCAGCUUCUGCAAAACAAGGAUGGGCAGGAGUUGGUACAGAAGUUGCUGCAUGAACUGAACGUUUUUGAUUCUACAGCUCCAAAGGGUAAAGGUUCUGCGAGGUCCCGAAGAAAGGAAGACAAUGUCCUCUAUGAGCGCCAUCAAAAAAGCCUUGCAGAAGCAGACAAAGCUUAUUUGGACGUAUUAACUAAGGCUAAAUCCCAGUGA